AUGGCUGGUAGAAGUCUCAUAGAGGUGGAUAGAGCUCAUCUCAAAGGGCAUUAUGGUGGAGUGCUCCUUUCAGCUGUGGCUCUGGAUGGUAAUAAUGAGAUCUUUCCAAUUGCUUGGGCAAUUGUGGGAGGAGAGGAUGCUGAAACUUGGAAGUUCUUUUUAUGGCAUUUGAAGAACGCUUUACAAGAUAGUGGGAGAGGAGAUGAGUGGUGUAUAAUCUCUGACAGGCACAAGGGAAUUGAGGAUGCAAUUCAAGACUUAUGGCCUAAAGUGGGUAGGAGGUACUGCUGUAAACAUUUGCUGAAAAACUUCAAGCCACAGUUCCCUAGUUUGUUAAUGUUCUCACUAUUCUGGUUAGCUUGUGGAGCAUUUAACCCUUUCACCUUUAGAAAGGCUAUGGUACGUUUGAAAAAGGCUAAUCCAUUGGCUUUGGAGUGGUUUUCUAAACUUGGACCACAGUCAGUCUGGUCUAAACAUGCAUUUAAUCCAGCCAUAAAGUCAGAUGUCAACAAAUUAAAUUUUGUUGAAAGUUUCAACUCAACAUUAGGCCUUGAUAGGUGUAAACCUGUUAUAACAUUGCUUGAAGGUGUGAGGAGACUCACCAUGGUGAGGAUGGCUACUAGAAGAGAGGCAUGUGAAAAAUGGAGAGGUGAAAUCUGUCCAAACAUAGUCAGAAGACUCCAAGUCAUUAGCCAAAAAUCAAGAUCAUGCAAGUGUUUGGUAAGUGGAGAAGGUGAAUAUGAGGUGUUGGAUGGGAGAUCAGUGCUGCCUGUAAAUUUGAGGGCAGGGACAUGUGUUUGUAAUGCAUGGCAGUUGACUGGCUUGCCAUGUAAGCAUGCCAUGAGGGCCAUAUUACACUCAAAUGAUGACCCUCAUAAGUAUGUCAGUGACUGGUAUUCCAUCUCCAACUACAAGCUGACUUAUGGAAACAACAUCAAGGCAAUCCCUCAUGUGGAGCAAUGGCCACAAAGUUAG